ACCCUGCAAGCAUCAAAAGGGGCGGGAAGUUUGGUAUUGGAGAGUUCUCGGCGGCUCCAGUAGCAGAUUAAUAAACACAAUUGAUCAUUGAGUUCAGCGACCUAAACGAUUUCAUUUUACUCAGAGUUAACAUAUUGUGAAGAAGGGAAAUGCUCGAUAUAUGGCUGAGGGAGAACUGUACAAGUUAUGUAGGUUGAUGAUCGUCUGAACAUGAUCCAUCAUUCAGCAUUGGAGUAGCAAACGUUACCUACGUAGAACGUUGCUUUGCAUCAACAUGUAGGUUCACAUACUGGUGGUCUGGAACGUUGCAGGCGUUUCUGAAGACAUCUCGAGCCAGCUAAACGAAAGGACACCAGGAUGAGCAAACAAGAGAAGAUGGAAUUGGAUCUCGUAAUCCCAUCAACACUAGUUCAGAGCGACGGACACCUGAGACGAUCCAACAGCGCCCCAAUGAUUAAUGGCUUAAGUGAUAAUUCCCAGGUUUUCCACAGAGAGAUUCUACGCAGCAGGAGAAACAGCACCACUGUUGUCAACCGCCCUAAUAUGGUCCCUUCAUCGCCCAUUCGCGUCCCCAGCACAAGGCUUCAUCAGAUCAAACGGGAGGAGGGUGUGGAUGUGAUGAACAGAGAGACAGCCCAUGAACGGGAGGUUCAAGCAGCCAUGCAGAUGAGUCAGUCCUGGGAGGAGAGUCUGAGUCUGGUGAGAAAUGAUGAUGCUCCCAUGAGUGACAAUGACUUUGAGAAAUCGGCAUCGUCGUCCCCAAAGCGCAUCGACUUUGUGCCUGUGUCCCCAGCACCAUCCCCUACAAGAGGGAUAGGGAAGAAGCAGUGCUUCUCCCCUUCAUUGCAAAUUCUGGUGAGCAGCAAUGGCCUAUCCCCCAGCCCUAUACCUAGCCCAACGCGGCGCUUCAGCCGGCGGAGCCAAAGCCCCAUUAACUGCAUCAGGCCCAGCAUCCUGGGGCCCAUCAAACGUAAAGAACAGCGCAAACUGGCUCUAACCAGAAUAGAAACAGUGGGAGGCACCGGUGCACAAAUGAGCAAGAGGACAAGUACAUGCCAACCUAGGAGCUCCGUAUCCGGCUUGUUCACAUGCGGGAUCGGCCAAUUUAAAUUGGUGCACCGCGUGUCCUCCGACACAUUGGUGCGGCUGGCUUCCAGGUUAAGCGGGCAUUGUCAAGAAGCAGUGCGAUUUGGCUCGGUUUUGGAGGAUGUACGACUCUCGACCUUCACGUCUCUUGAGUCCGUAUGGGGGUUGCAGCGAUGGGACAAGACUAACUACCAAUUGAAUACCACAAAAUUGGGGAGGAAAAAAACUGAGUAUGAAAACCCAGCACUGUUGCAGUUCUUCACCCAAACUGGUGUGCCUGGCACCUACUAUACCCUGUUUAAAGGCACUUACCUUUUGUCUUGCCCUUUCACCCUCUGAAUGGCACACAUACACAGUUCAUGUCUCAAUUAUCUUGAGGCUUAACAAUCCUUCUUUAACCUGUUCCCUCACCUUCAUCUACACUGAUUUGAAGUGGAUUUAACAGGUGACCUCAAUGAGGGAUUAUGGCUUUCACCAGGAUUUACCUGGUCAGUCUGUAAUGGAAAGAGCAGGUGUUCAUAAUGUUUUGUACACUGUAUGUACAAGUCAAGUUUGGACACCUACUCAUUCAAGGGUUUUUCUUAAUUUUUACUACUUUCUACAUUGUAGAAUAAUAGUUAAGACAUCAAAACUAUGAAGUAACACAUGGAAUCAUGUAGUAACCCAAAAAGUGUUAAUCAAAUACAAAAUAUAUUUUGAUUUUAGAUUCUUCAAAGUAGCCACCCUUUGCCUUGAUGACAGCUUUGCACACUCUUGGCAUUCUCUUAACCAGCUUCACCUGGAAUCUUUUUCCAACACUCUUGAAGGAGUUCCCACAUGCUGAGCACUUGUUGGCUGCUUUUCCUUCACUCUGCGGUCCAACUCAUUCCAAACCAUUUCAAUUGUAGUUGUCUUGGGUCUCUCUUUAUGUAGUGUUGUCUCUCUCGUCGUGGUGUGUUUUGUCCUAUAUUUAUAUUGGAUUUAUUUUUUCUCCCAGGCCCCCGUCCAUGUAGGAGGCCUUUUCCCGUUUGGUAGGCCGUCAUUGUAAAUAAGAAUUUGUUCUUCACUGACUUGCCUACUAGUUCAAUAAAAAAUUGGAUUGAGGUCUGGUGAUUGUGUAGGCCAGGUCAUCUGAUGCAGCACUCCAUCACUUUCCUUCUUUGUCAAAUAGCCCUUACACAGCCUGGAGGUGUGUUGACAUUAUCCUGAAAAACAAAUGAUUGUCCCACUAAGCGCAAACCAGAUGGGAUGGUGUAUCUCUGCAGGAUGCUGUGGUCGCCAUGCUGGUUAAGUGUGCCUUGAAUUCUAAAUAAAUCACUGACAGUGUAACCAGCAAAGCACCAUCACACCACCUCCUCCAUGCUUCCCGGUGGGAACCACACAUGCAGAGAUCAUCCGUUCAUCUACUCUGCGUCCCACAAAGACACGGCGGUUGGAACCAAAAAUCUCAAAUUUGGACUCAUCAGACCAAAGGACAUAUUUCCACCGGUCUAAUGUCCAUUGCUUGUGUUUCUUGGCCCAAGCAAUUCUCUUAUUGGUGUCUUUUAGUAGUGGUUUCUUUGCAGCAAUUUGACCAUGAAGGCCUGAUUCACACUGUCUCCUCUGAACAGUUGAUGUUGAGAUGUGUCUGUUACUUGAACUCUGAAGCAUUUAUUUGGGCUGCAAUUUCUGAGGCUGGUAACUCUAAUGAACUUACCCUCUGCAGCAGAGAACUCGGUCUUCCAUUCCUGUGGUGGUCCUCAUGAGAGCCAGUUUCAUCAUAGCGCUUGAUGGUUUUUGCGACUGCACUUGAAGAAACUUAAAGUUCUUGAAAUGUUCCGGAUUGACUGACCCUUCAAGUCUUAAUGCAAUGAUGGACUGUCAUUUCUCUAUGCUUAUUUGACCAGUUCUUGCCAUUUAAUAUGGACUUAGACCUAAUUGGUAACAUACCAUCUUCUGUAUACCACCCCUACCAUGUCACAACACAACUGAUUGGCUCAAACGCAUUACGAAGGAAAGAAAUUCCACAAAUUAACGUAACAAUGCACCCCUGUUAAUUGAAAUGCAUUCCAGGUGACUACUACAUGAAGCUGGUUGAGAGAAUGCCAAGAGUGUGCAAAGCUUUUAUCAAGGCAAAGGGUGGCUACUUGAAUGAGUAGGUGUCCAAGCGUUUGACUGGUAUGAGCAAAAAUAUGAAUACAACAGGGAAAUUGUUGGUUUCAUGAGCUGAAAUAAAUGUUCCCAGAAAUGUUCCAUACGCACAAACAGCUUACCUCUCACAAAUGUGUUUACAUCCCUGUUAAUUACCAUUUCUCCUUUGCCAAGACCUCACCGGUAUGGCUCUCAAGAAGCUGAUUUAAACAGCAUGAUCAUUACACAGUUGCAUCUUGUGCUGGGGACAAUAAAAAUACCACUUUAAAAUGUGCAGUUUUGUCAACACAAUGCCACAAAUGUCUCAAGUUGAGGGAGCAUGCAAUUGGCAUCCUGACUGUAGGUAUGUCCACUAGAGUUGUUGCCAGAUAAUUGAGUGAGUGGGGAUUCUGAGGAGUAUUUCUGGCUCCAAUAAAGCCCCUUUGUGGGGAAAUACUCAUUCUGAUUGGCUGGGCCUGGCUGCCAAGUGGGUGACUUAUGCCCUACAAGGUCCACCUAUGGCUGCACCCCUGCCCAGUCAGGUGAAAUCCAUAGAUUAGGGACUAAUUUAUUUAUUUCAAUUGACUGAUUUCCUUAACUGUGAUUCAGUAAAGUCUUUGAAGUUGUGUUUUGCGUUUUUGUACACACACAUUAUACUAGAGCCACUUCACUUGCCCCUUUGAACUCCUGUUUUGGUGAAAGAGGGUAUUUUGUGUGAGGUGUUUUAUGUCCGUUCUCUCUUGAUGAAUGUCUGUGCCUCCCCUU